GUUUUACUUUCUUCAAUUAUGUUAAUAUUUGUCCGUGGUUUAUCUGGUGCAGUCAUACCUCUUAAUGUGAAUCCAAAUGAGAGUGUGUUGUCUAUAAAAAUAAGGAUAUUUUACUUAAAAAAUAUACCAAUCCACGAUCAACACUUAUUAUACUCUGGUGUUGAAUUAACAGAUCAAACAAUUCUGUCUAUUGUAAAUAUUGGACAUGGCGCUUUAUUACUUCUUGUCCUAGGAUUAAGAACUGGACCAUUAGGUAGAUAUGAUUUAUGCACAUCAAUCAAUCAAAAAUAUUCCAAUAAUGACAUUUCAUCACAGUCUGCUAAUAAUAAUCAUAAUAAUGACGAAACGGAAUAUACACGAUUGUUGUCUCUCUUGUCAUCCUCCUCUUCUUACUCAUCCGUCUCAUCAUCAUCAUCUACAGCAGCACCAACUGUCGUUUUUCCAUCGAUAUGUGUAACACCUGUUGUCAAUGCAACUAAAAUAGCAUCAAAUGAAUUAGAACAAACUGAAACUAAUCUACUAAUGAAUUCAUUUGAAUCUUAUAAUGACAAUAAUGAUGAUAUUAUGAAUUCUAAUUGUUUCACAUCAUCAGAUGAUGAAAUUUAUCGAAUUGCUGAAAUUCUUGGUUAUGCUAUUGAUAACAAUGAACAAUUGUUAUCACCUUCAUUAUAUGAUUUUCCUACAACAGUAACAGACGAAAAUCAAUUAUAUGACUAUGAUAAUAAUGAUAUUGAUGAGACUGAUAUUUAUUAUCAUUAUGAACAGUCGUCUAGUCCACCUCAACAAAUGAGUUGGUUAUUAACACCGAGUUAUAAUUCUACACAACAAUUAAAUAUACCAGAAACUGAUUCUUACGAAUUAUGUGAAAAUAUCAAUUCCAACAAUUCAUCUCAAUAUAUUCAUGGAUUUCAAACUAUUGAAACACCUUCUAAACAUUAUCAUCAAUCAAUUGAUUCAUUACUUGAUAAAACUAAUACAUCUACUCCUACUACUAGUACCAAUAUUGUUGUCAUGGAUUCUUCUUAUGAUCAAUUGAAAGAUAAUUCAAUCUUUUCUUCUUUAAAAGAAUCAUAUUUAUCUUCACCGAAUAUGAAUGUUAUCGUCGAUAAUAAUAAUAAUGAUAAUAGCAAUAAUAACCAUACUAUUGUUGAUGUCAGAAGAUCUACACGUAAUAGUAGUCAGACAACUGCUAUUAUUGUUCACAAUGAUGAUGAUGAUGAUAAUGAUCUUAAUUUGGACAGACACUAUUCCAAUUCAAGUACUAUUCCUUUAUUGAAUUCUACUACUAAUACUAAUACUAUUACUACUACCAAUACUAAUACUAACACUACUACGGCUAAUACUACUACUAAUACUAAUACUAUUACUACUAAUACUAAUACUAUUACUACUACGGAUACUAACAUUACUACUAUAACAAAUCUUCCUAUUUCAUCCGGUGAUAAUUCUAUCAUAAAAUUAUUGAAUAAUUCAACUAUUAAUUUCAUUAAUCCAUUUAUCAUUAUGAAUAAUUUUCAAUCAUCAAUAGAUUCACUUUAUUCUUAUUCAUCAUUUUAUUUAAUGAUGCAAAUGAAAUUAUUAUGUAAUAAUCAAUUUAAUUCAAAUGAAUAUUUAUUUAAUACAAUACCAAAUAAUAAUAAUAAUAAUAAUACUAUUGUUAUGAAUAGAAGAACAUCAUAUACAAACAAAACUUUCGAAUCACCAUUGAAUCAAAAUUAUCUUCUACAAAUCACUAAAAGUCAUUCCAAUCAUUUAAAUAAUAAUGAAUAUAAUAUUACUGAAAAGCUAUUAAAUGAUACUAUACGAUAUAACAGACAAACAGAAUUCAACUUAAACUGUAAUGAUAAUGAUGAUUUACGACAAAUGUGUUUAUCGAAUACUACCAUUGACAGAUCUUCAUCACAUUCUCUUCAGUCGUUAUCAUCAUCGUCUCCCUCCUCAUCAUCAUCUUCCUCUUCUUCUUCUUCUUCUUCUUCCUCUUGUAAUACAACUAUACAUUCAAAUCAAUCCAGAUGUUAUGAGUGCAAUAGACGAACUCGAUUAGCUUGCGGUUUCACCUGUCGAUGUGAAAGAUGGUUUUGUUCUAGGCAUCAUCAUCCAGAAGAUCAUAGAUGUAAUUUCAAAUUUAAAACAAUGGUAAAUUGAAUAAUACUGAAAUAGAAUACUUCGUUAGCCAGUUUAAUUUGAUAUUUCCUAUGAAAUCCAUUUAGAUUAUUUGAUUCGAUUAUCUUUUGAUAUCUUGAAUAUAUAUAUAUAUAUAUAUAUAUAUAUAUAUAUAUAUAUAUAUAUAUGUAAUGCUGAUGAAGAUGACGACGACGGCGCCUAUAGUAGAUCAUUUGUAGAGUAUGAUUUGCAAAUGUCAAUUUUUCCUGUUCAUUUCAAUUUCAUUAGUAAUUAAGUUGUGUUUUUUUUAAUGCUAUAAAAUGAUCUAUAAUGAAUAAUGGUUUCUUAUUGAGCUGUUGACAGAAUUAUCUUUUUGUCAUAUUUUGUACUAUCCCACUGUCUUAUUGUUUUCAUAAUAGAAUGAAUGAUUGUUGUUAAAUAUAAUCGUCUUUGUUUAUAUGCGUAUAAUUUUAUUUCCUUUUUUAGGAAUAGUUUUUUUUUUUUCGCUUCUUAUGUCUUUGUUUCUUUACCCAUUCCCGGGUUGUUGUUGUCGUCGUUUUAUCUACAUAGUUUUUAUUCAAUGUCUAGUCGCUUUCUCUCUCUCUCUAUGUGUGUGUGUGUGUUUUCAUCGUCAAAUCAGACUUUCCAGUACAUUUUAAUGCACAUUCAUAUAUACAAAUACACAUAUAAACUAUUCAUUAUAAUUGCUUAAUUGAUUCAAGUGUAAUACUCAACUUUCAAUCAGUAGGUUGUAAGUUCGAACCCGUUCAUUUUUAGUUUACUUAAGUUUAAACAAUUAGACUAUGCAUAUAGUAUCACUAAUCCACACAUAUAAAUAAUACAGUCCAAAGUCAUAUGAAUAAAAUCUAUACUAGGUAUUUCAUUCCUAUUAGCAUUGAAAUGUUUUCUUUAAUUUUUUGGCGGGAUGGGUAGAUGGUCGGAGGGGGAGAUGUAUUCCUAUGUUGUUUUUAUCACCGUACAUUCUGAUUCAUGUUUGUUAUGUACUUUUUCUAAAUGUUUUUUUGUUUUUGUUGUUGUUGUUGUUGUCGUCGUUAAUGUUUUUAUUCUGUUUUGCUUUGUUAAUCAAUUUUGUUUAGAAUUUCUUUUAUUGUGUGUUUUCUUUCUUUGUUUUUCUUCUUUUUUUUUACAUUUUAUGAUGUUAUACGAAAAGAAUUCAAAAUUAUUAUUAUUUCCAGUUUUGUAUUGUAUGGAUUAUGGAAUGAAUUCAAUGCCAAGGUUUUUUUUCUUUUUUAAACAAACUUCCAUUUUAAGGUUUAUAUUCCUAUUUGAUUGAAAAUGAAUGAAUUUUCAUUAGAAUUUCUAGGUUAUUUAUUACAUUCACUUGGUGUUGUUGUUGUUGUUGUUGUUUACUUGGAUCUUCCUAUUGUUAUUUAGGAUUGUAAUUGAUCAAUUUCUUGUUAACAUAUGUGAAUCCUGUGUGGAUUGCCUCGAUUAUAAGCUUAAGUCACAAGCUUUUUUUUUUCUAAAGCAAAGAUGGUUAGUGAUUAGCAAGCAGUAGAAUCUAGGAUAUGUGCGUUUCGUCUUAUUUUGGGGUUUGUCAACUGGAUGUACCUGUAUCUCAAAGUUGAUGUUUAUAGCAAGCGAUGAUGAUGUUUGAAGCGAACGGUACUGGGUUCGAGUUCAGGAGUGUACAUUAAUUAUGGGAUGCAGAUACAUCCAACUGACGAGUUCUAAAUUUCUUGAAGAAUCUUCAAAUAAAUAAUUGGAGAAAUAGUGAAUAAUUACCUAAUAAAUGACCCAAAUCCUAUACCGGUCUCUUGAAUAGAUGAUUCACAUUAAAGUAGAAGAAAUUGACUAUAAACCAUGAAAAAAAAAGCUAUAAGCUUCAUAAAAUAACUAUAUACAAUGAAGUCUCAUUACUUUUCUAGUGAUAAACUUUUGAUUUCAACAUUCUAUGAACUCAUUAGCUG